CGGACAGUUGAAUGAGAGAUAGAGCCGGAGACCUUUGUGUGUUUUCUGUUCUUCGGAUCCUUUAAAAGUUAUCAGCAACACAACACAUGUUAAAGACAACUUAUCACCAUUUGCUCUCAUUCCACCAGGAUUGUGCUUUAUGCCGUGAUGUUUUCAUCUGUAUUCAUCACCUGUUGAAGACGCAGAGAAUGCCGCUCAGGUUCUGUAUCUGCCGCAAGAGCCUGUCCUGAAUGUGUUCGACAGCCAACUAUGUUCUCCCACUGAGGAGAACCUGUGAGACCCAAGCUGCUCCAGGGAGGGCGUGUGGAGCGCCCACGCCUCAUGGAGCCAGGGCUCAUGGACCUCAGGACGCAGAGAUGGAUGCAGCUUGGCAGGAACUGAUGGCCAUCUCAGAGCUGCAGGAGUUUGAAGUCCCUGCUGAAGGCCCCUAUGAAACAACACAGUACCAAACCAUGGAGCCCAUGGUCCCGAUGGGAGCGUACGGGAUGGCCCCAUCUCACUCUGGGCGUCCCCACACCUGUGAGCUCGGCUCGGCUGACACUUACAAUAGAUGUUAUUCUGAAGACGUGCCCGUGUGCCAUCAUCAAGGCAGCAACCAAGGGGCAGUGUACGGACCAUCUGACUAUCAGCUCAAUCAAAGAAUGCACCCCAUCUCCUCUCAAGCACUGCCCUCGCUCAUGGCUCUUAGGAGUCAGGUGAACGUGUCAUUUGAUGGCCAAGGGCACAGGAGAGCCAACACUUGUUUCUCUCAGGGUCCCAGUCGGCACAUGCAGUGGACUAUACACGGACAAAGUUCACACGUUAUUCCAACUGAUGAUCUGGAGUCAGACUCAGGUCUGUCUCUGGGUUCCAGUCCACCUCUGGCCUCCCCUGAUAAUCCAGUCAGUGCUGUUCCAGGUUACCAUAGUGGAGACACAGGCAUUACAUACAGAGAUGGUGAACCUGAGCAUGCCAGAAGAGCUCAACUCCAUUACUCAGUCAACUACCAGGGACAGUCAUAUUUACACUCAGGUGCACAUCAGUCAAAUUUCUCAGCCGCGAACACUUUAGCUCACAUACCACCUGAGACGACUCUGCGGCCGUUAAAGCACCAGAGCCAGGCUGCUGCUCUGAAUGAUAUGUACACUGAGUCUGGAGCCUCCAGCAGAGGGAGCUCACAAUUUCACAUGUACACAAAACCACAAGGAAGCAGCUCCACUCAUGUACAACUGAGCAGAGAUGAGAGGCGGGCAAUGUCUCUGAAGAUUCCCUUCCCCAUGGAAAAGAUUAUCAAUCUCCCUGUAGACGACUUCAAUGAGCUCCUGACACAGUUCACUUUGACGGAUAACCAAAUGGCACUGGUCAGGGACAUCAGGAGGCGGGGGAAGAACAAGGUGGCGGCACAGAACUGCAGGAAGAGGAAGCUUGAGAGCAUCAUUCACCUUGAAGAAGAGCUGAACGAGCUGCAGGACCAGAAGGAGCACCUGGCCCAGGAGAGACUGGAGUUCCAGCACAGCCUGGCCUUCAUUAAAUGCCGCCUCACAGAUCUCUAUGCAGAAGUAUUCACUCACUUGCGAGACGAAGACGGACAACCAUACUCAAUAGAUGAAUACUCCCUGCAACAGACACCUGAUGGUAAAAUUUACCUGGUACCUCACACUACUGUGCCAAAGAGAGGGCAGCGCUGAGGAACUGGCUCUAGAGUUUCAUUACUUGUGCCUGAAUGUGCCAACUGAAACCACUUCAUCCAACUGGAAGUUGAACAUUAUUCAUGCAAAUGUUGUGUAAGUCCUUAAUUGUAUACAUUUCAAAGAUGCAUCACAGGACUCAUUAAAAAAAAAAAAGAAGACUGAAACCAAACAACUUCUUUAAAA